UAGGCAAAUUGUGAAAGCCGAUACCAUCUCUAAAGAGUUUUUAGUUUCAUGAAUAUGCAAUUCAAAAUGAAAUCUUUCCUUCCUUCCUUUGCAGUCUUCUUAUUUCUCCUGUUUGCUAAUACUAAUGUAGCAGCAAGAAAAGACCUAAGGGACUCCUGGAGAGCUGUAAUGAAAGAUCAAUCCCUGCCAGAGGCAAUAGAAGUUCUUGUUCAAGUUGACACUGAUAAAGAAGCUGAUUGCCACACACCUGCAACCAUUGAGCGCCAGGGAGAAAAGAUCUUCGUCAGGGACUUCAAAACAGGAUCACCUGGUGUUACAGCAGUCUACAAGAACAAUGACAUCAAACCAACACAACACAAAUCCCCAUUUAGGGAAGAGGAGAUUUUUGUGAAGGAUUUUGAAACAGGAUCCCCUGGUGGUGCUACAGUGCUCUACAGCAAUGAUGGCAUUAAUCCAGCUGAAGACAAAUCCUUGUCUAAGAAAGAUAACAUUUUUGUUAAGGAUUUUGAAACAGGAUCUCCUGGUGUUACAGUAGUCUACGGCAACAAUGGCAUCAAACCAACAGCAGGCAAAUCCUUGUCUAGGGAGGAAAGCAUUUUCGUUAAGGAUUUCAAAACAGGAUCCCCUGGUGCUUCAGUAGUCUAUGGCAACAAUGGCAUCAAACCAACAGGAGACAAAUCCUUGUUCAAGGAAGAAAACAUCUUUGAUUUCGAAACAGGAUCUCCUGGUGCUACAGUAGUCUAUGGCAACAAUGGCAUCAAACCAACAGCAGACAAAUCCUUGUUCAAGGAAGAAAACAUCUUUGUUAAGGAUUUUGAAACAGGAUCUCCUGGUGCUACAGUUUUCUACAACAAUGACAUCAAACCCCAGUAGAAGAGAGAGCCAGUGCCUAAUAUGUCAGUUUACCAUGACUGAAGGCAAUGGCCUCACAAUGAUAAUGAGUACCUAUGUUCUGAUCAGUAUCACGCUCUACGAAAGUGUGUUCCUGUGUUAUGGACCUUUAAAGCGUCCUAUGUGACCAUGUUAAUGAUUGAAUAAGAUCCACAUAUAUAUGGUUCUCUAGUCUCUACAAAACAAGCUAGAAAUCUCAUAAGUUCCAUUUAGUUUGAUGAUCAGUUUAAAUACAAUGAAAGCAAACACCUGCA